UCACACGGCAAGCAAGUGGCAGAGCCGGGACUAGAACUCACUCUGGUCUCUCGACUCUCCAUCCUGUGCUUUUCCCCCUAAGCCAUUCUGACUCUAUAAAGCAUAUUUGUUUUGUGUAUACAGUAACUUCAGGGAAUUGUCUUUAGAGGAUUCUUCUGAGAAAGAUGUUCCUAACCUUUUCUUGAAAAUCAGUGAAUAAAUAACUCAGUUGUUGGAAUCAUCCUUCUAGUGAAUAAGCAAGUGUAUUUGGGUAUGAGAAAAAAACGGAUUUUUGUUCCCUUGUCUAAUGAUAUCUACCACAGAUUUUUGAAGGAUCACUAUCUUUGUGGACACUUGCAGGCAACAGUAAGGAUCAGUAUUGGAAAUUGCAAAAGUGUGGUGGGUUCAACGUGGAGGGUUAAGUGUGGACCUUCAACUAAUACAAAAUUAGGAAGGAAGAAACAGCCUUAAACCUGCCUAGUGGUGGUUCACUUGUUUUAAGAAGUGAAGAUUAUAACAUCACUGGAAUAACAGUCUGAACAAACAGCUAAACUAGUCUUUUAUGAAAUUAUUAAAUAUUAAGCAAGAGAAAUACUUCAGCAUCUUGUUAAAAUAUUUUCUGAAAUAAUUGUCGGUGUGAUUGGAUCAUUUGCUCACAACGAUAGAUCUAAUUAGUAGUCCAUUGUGAUCUGUUUCAUGAGAUCUCCUUUAACGUUAUGACCUUGAGACAUCAAUGAAUUCGAGUGAGGCUGUGUUGUCAGUUCUUCUUCAACUUGGGAGUUGGAUUCUCCUGUGGCAUUCAGGAAAACUCACACUGGUUCUCACCUUGUGUGUGAUACCAUUCACAUGCAUGCAGCUGUUUCUUCUGACACGCCGUUGUGUUUUAUCCAGUCAUAGGAAGGUCUAUCCACUUAGUGAAAACAUACAUUUUAGAACUGACUGAAUUUUUGUUUGUAAAAUGGGAGGAACAUUGUUUACCCCAGAACGUUUUGGCUGGAACUUAUUACGAAUAUAUGCGUGCAGCCCGUGAGGUCUUUUGUUAAUAUGACAAUGGCAAUAUCCGGAUGUUGCACUUCCUGGUGUACUGAAUUACCUGUUAUAUUGGGAGUAGUCACGAAGCCUCAGAUCUUUAUGGUAACGUUUUGUAAUUCCCCAAAAAGUAAUUAUACAUUUGAGCACGAUUUUCACUGUUAUCAUAGCUUAGCCCAGGCGGCUUCCCUAGGAGACUGGUGGUUUCUCGGAGUGCCGAUAGCCUGCAUGUAUUUUUAAUUUUGCAUAAUUACAUGGGCAGAAAUUGCCAAGAAAGAUGCCGGGAAUAAGCCUCUUUGAUUUGCCAGUUGAUAGAUUGUCAGUCGAAACUGCAUUUGGAUGUCACACCAAGCAAAAUGAAAAUGAGUAAGACUCAUAGGACAUGGUAUUACUAGUCAGGCCCCUAGGACAGCUAACCUGCUAGUCCGGUUCUCAUUGGUUCCAGGCUUCCAGCGAAGAUUUGCUCACCGCUACCUGCCAAAGAUCUUGCAGCCAGCUGGUUCACUUCAGAGUUACCACUGGAGCUCCGAACGGAGCCUUCUGCUUCCUGAUUGUUUUAACUCUUUUGAGAUACUGAGAUGAGCUCUUCCCAAUCCGAAAUAAGCUGACAUCGAUAACCGAUAUGUCGCUCAUCACAGUCCAGCUUGGUCAGUGUGGCAAUCAGAUUGGUUUUGAAGUUUUUGAUGUUCUGUGCAGUGAUGUACACAGUGCCCAGGGGCUGUGCUCCAAGAGGGAAAAUGAAGCAUAUCAGGAGAUUGGCAAGGAACGUUUCUUCACUGAGGAGAAAAAUGGAGUUCCAGUUGCCCGGGCAGUUCUUGUUGAUAUGGAGCCUAAAGUGAUAAGUCAAACACUGUCUAAAGCUGCUCAGUCUGGCAAAUGGAGAUACGGCAGUCACUCACAUUUCUGUCAAAAAGAAGGUUCUGGAAACAACUGGGCCUAUGGUUACAGUGUUCAUGGACCCAAACAUGAGGAAUCCAUCUUGAAUCUGAUUCAGAAGGAAGUGGAGAAAUGUGACCGCUUGGGUGGAUUUUUCACCGUCAUGAGUAUGGCCGGAGGCACAGGAUCGGGCCUGGGAGCUUUCACCACUCAGAAUAUAAGAGAUGCCUAUCCAAAUUCUUUUAUAAUGAACCACGUUAUAUGGCCAUAUGGAACUGGUGAGGUUAUUGUCCAGAACUAUAAUUCAGUUCUGACUCUUUCUCACCUGUAUCGCUCUUCAGAUGCCCUCCUUGUUCAUGAAAAUGAUGCCAUCCACAAGAUCUGUGCUAGGUUGAUGAAUAUUAAACAGAUCUCCUUUAGGGAUGUAAAUCAAGUCAUUGCACAUCAGUUGGGAAGUGUAUUCCAGCCUACCUCCUCCUCUGAAGGUUCACCUCAAUGCAGAAGAAAUCCACUAGGAGACUUGAUGCAGAGCUUAGUUCCCCACCCUGAAUUCAAGAUGUUGGGUCUUCGUAACAUUCCUCAGAUGGCUGAGAAGUCCCUGGCAUACAGUUCAUUUACUUGGGCUGGGCUCAUCAAGCAUUUGAGACAGAUGCUUAUUUCUAGUGCAAAAAUGGAAGAAGGAAUUGACUGGCAGGUACGACCGCCUUGGCUAGGAUGCCGUGCAACUGAGAGAGGCCCUCUCAAGAAGGAGCUCCAUUUUAACACUUCUAUUGCUAACUUGGUUAUUCUCCGAGGAAAGGAUGUUCAGAGUGCGGAUUUAGGCAGUUUUAAAGAUCCAGCCUUAUACACUUCCUGGUUACAGCCCGAUGCCGCUUUCUGUGAAUGGAGAACUCCCCGAGCCUUUAACAAGUAUGAGAAAUCGGCAACUCUGGUCAGCAAUAGCCAGUUCCUGCUAAAACCACUCGAUACCAUAGUAGGCAGAGCUUGGAACAUGUUCGCCUCAAAAGCCUAUGUUCACCAGUACACAAAGUUUGGCAUGGAGGAAGAGGAUUUUCUGGAUAGUUUCACAGUUCUGGAACAGGUUGUUGCCAGUUACAGUAAUCUUUAACCUUGGACCGUAGGAAGAGAGUCAAGAAGAAGAUGGAUAUUUCUAGCAGGCUUGGUUUCAAAAGACUUCCUAAAUUCAGUACUGUGAGGUUUCAAGCCCUGUCCUCCUAAAACAGAUCUUGGGUACACAGGAGUAAGCAAAGGAAAUGAUUUCCUGCAGAGGAGUAAUGUUUUCAAUGAAAAUAUCUUGUGCUCCGUAAAGGAGCUUCUAAGGAAGUUAUAUUAACCCUGGGCUGGAGCCUGCCUGGGUUCUUUUCAAAGGAUAGGCUGGCCCUUUGGCCCCAAGGUGCUUGUUUAAAACUCGCUAUGGGCAGGGAAUAUAUCUGUUACAUUGUUGUAUUCUCCCAGCAUAGUGCUCAGCGCACAUUCUGCCCUCAAUAAAUAUGAUCGAGCGAUUGACUGAAUCCUUUUUCACCAAAAGCGAGGGCCUCAAAUCCCAAGUCCAAUCUGAGGGAGGGUGAUUUUAGCCCAUGCGUGGCCGAGACACUCCUAGAAAAAGGAUGAAACGUCUCUGCUUAUGAAUGUCUUAUGAAUUUUCUCCCCAUCUUCCUAAUGGCAGGGUACACCACUUGUCAACUGUGUGACUGUGGGCAAAUCACUUAACUUCUC